AAUCUAUUAUCAUUGUCAAUGACUCGAGUUCAUCACUGUAAACAACAAUAUCAUUUCACUUUGAUUAUCCAACUGUAAAGCAACUUACAACAUUGGAUACAGUUUGCAACAAAAACUGCAAAAAAAAAAUGAAUCCAAGAAUUCAACACUAUCCCCACCCCAAGAAGAAAAGGAAAAGAAUAUCCCAUCUAGCACAUUUUCUUUCCUCACCAAAUCUUGAGAGAUCAAACUAGCUUGCUAACACCUCAAACCCCGAAUUCUAAACUACCAAACCAUGCCUUCAAGACCCUUGUCUCCAAGUUUUGACCAUCCCAGACCCAGUUUCUUAACCAAAACCAGGAUCUUGUUCUUGACACUCACAAUCUCAGCCUCUGUGAUUUUGAUUCUUACCAUUCUUUACUUUGUUUACCAUCUUUGGUGCACCCUUGUCAAUCGUUCAAGAACCAUCCCUUUUGACUCUAGUGCUCCCUUAAAGCUUCAAAGAUUUUCAUACAAGGAGUUAAAGAUUGCCACUAAUGAUUUUGAUGAUGCGAAUAUUAUUGGCAAGGGUGGUUCUGCUACUGUCUUUAGAGGCAUUGCAAGGGAUGGCAAGUUAUAUGCUAUUAAGAGACUCGAUGCUCUUUCUUUACAAUCAGAGAGAGAGUUUCAGAAUGAGUUGCAGAUUCUCGGUGGUUUAAGAUCACCUUUCUUGGUUAUUCUUUUGGGGUACUGCGUUGAAAAGAAUAAGCGCUUACUUGUUUACGAGUAUGUGCCAAAUAAAAGUUUGCAAGAAUUGCUGUUUGGAGAUGGUCAUUUGAGUCUGUGCUGGGAGAGAAGGUUUAAUAUCAUUCUUGAUGUUGCAAAAGCACUUGAGUUUUUGCACCUUGGAUGUGACCCUCCAGUGAUUCAUGGGGAUGUUAAGCCAAGCAAUGUUUUGCUUGAUUUUGAUAUGAGAGCAAAGAUUUCAGAUUUUGGGUUAUCAAGGAUUAAGGUGGAGGGGGAGUUUGGAGUGGAUUUGUUUAGUCAAGAUUUGGGAAAGAGUCAAGAGCUAUGGAAGAGUCAAGAGCUUUCAGGGAAUUUGACUCCAGAAACACCAGCAAUUGGUACCCCUGUAGAGAGUUGUCAUGAGGUAGACUUUGCUCUUGCUUUACAAGCUUCUUCUUCGUCAAAAAACAGUAGAACAUGUUAUAAUGUUAAGGCUUUGAACUUGAAUUCUGUGAAUUAUAACGCCAAUAUUGCGGGUGAGAGUGAUGUCAAGGUAGGGAAUGGGAAGGGGAAGGAGGUUUCAAGUGUUGAUAUUGGCGGGGAUGAUUGGAAUUGUAGAUUUGUGCCGUAUGAUGAUGAGUUUUGUAGUAAUGAUCAUAGUAAGGAGUUGAAUUGUAAUAGCUUCUCUGUUGUUGACGAUUCAGCUAGUAGUAAACAAUGGGGAAAGGAUUGGUGGUGGAGACAGGAUGGGAGUGGUGAAUUGUGUAGUAAAGAUUAUGUUAUGGAGUGGAUAGGGAGCCAAAUCUGCCCCUCAACAAAUCCGGACUGGGAAGAUGAAAAGAAAAGUACUCCUGAAAGAACAGAAAUGCGUCGUUCUGUCGCAUUAGAUAAAUUAGCUGAUGCAAAUGAACCUCCACGAUUAAAAGAUUUCAAGUUUGAAAAUCUUGUUAGAGGAUUCGAGAAGAAAGAAUCUAGAGGCAGGAAAAACCGUCGGAAGAAAAAUAGGAAGAUGCAAGAGUGGUGGAAAGAAGAGCACUUGGAUGAGAUUAACAAGAAGGGUAGUAAGCUGAAGAAUCUUGAAACAAAGUGGAGAAAAGGGUUUAAAAUCCCACAUUUUGAUCUCGGUCGCAGGUUUCGUUUUCACAGGCGAAAGAAAUUGGGAGAACAGAACCAAAAUGAGACUGAUCAAAAUGGGGAGUUCAGUUUCAGAAGGGGAUGGAAGAAAAAGAACUUGCAAUCUGCUGGAAGUGAUAUGUGGAGUGGGGAUCUUUUCAGUCGUGAGUUAAGCAGCACGACAAGCAUGAGAGGCACUCUCUGUUAUGUUGCGCCAGAAUAUGGUGGGUGUGGAUACUUGAUGGAGAAGGCUGAUAUAUACAGCUUAGGGGUUCUAAUCCUCGUGAUUGUCUCCGGUAGGAGGCCAUUACAUGUUCUUGCUUCACCAAUGAAGCUUGAAAAGGCAAAUUUAAUAAGUUGGUGCAGGCAGUUAGCUCAAACUGGGAACAUCUUAGAACUUGUAGAUGAGAGAAUGAAGGAUGAACACAAUAAGGAGCAGGCAAGCUUGUGUAUAAACUUGGCGCUGACAUGCUUGCAGAGGAUGCCUGAAUUGAGGCCAGAUAUUGGAGAGAUAGUGAAGAUUCUGAAAGGGGAGAUGGAUCUACCGCAUCUUCCUUUCGAAUUUUCUCCCUCUCCACCUUCCAAAUUGUUUAGUAGGUCAAGGAGAAAACAAAAAUCUAAUGCAGAGUAGGUUCGGUACAUAUUCUUUGUUUUCUUCCAUUGAUCAUGUUUUUACUGAGUGGUACAUAGGAUUGGAGCUGUAAUCUGAUAACACAUUAUGGAUGUGAAGGUAUUUUCUUAAUUCGAGUCUACAAUGCUAUAUGUACAUCAGAUGAAUGGAUUUUGCUUUCCUUGUCUCUAA